AUGACGUACCAAUACCAAGAUCAACUUCAAAAGUUACCAAUACCAGAUUUACAAGAAACAUGCAAGAACUAUUUGAAUGUUUUAGAACCAUUACAAACGGAAAGGGAGCAUGAAAGAACCAAGGAGGCUGUUAGACUGUUUUUACUAGGAGGAAACGGAGAAUACUUGGAUAAAGAACUUCGGAAAUACAGUGAGGGACGUAGUUCUUAUAUUGAGCAGUUCUGGUACGAUUCAUACUUGAACUAUGAUUCGCCUGUGGUGUUGAAUUUAAAUCCAUUCUUUCUUUUGGAAGAUGACCCUUUCCAUAACGAGUCUAUGAGUGUCAAUCCACAGGUCAAGAGAGCUGCAUCGUUGACAUUAUCGUCGUUGAAGUUCAUCAGGGCCUUAAAAAACGAAACUUUGCUGGUGGACAAGACCAGAACCGGCCAACCUCUUUGCAUGUACCAGUAUUCUAAGUUAUUUGGGGCGUCGAGAAUUCCCACCGACGAUGGUUGUGUCAUGCAAACAGAUGUUAAUUCGAACCACAUAGUUGUCAUGAGCAAGUCGCAAUUCUAUUGGUUUGACGUGUUGGACAAGAACAACAAUUUGAUCUUGUCGGAGCUGGAGUUGAUUGUCAAUUUCACAUCCAUCAUUCAAGACUCAUUAAAUACAUCGAUCAGCGAGAUUGCUAAAUCUUCCUUUGGGGUAUUGACUACCGAAAAUAGAAGAGUUUGGGCCAAAAUAAGAAACAGCGGUACUAUCACCGACAACGCUAAUAAUAACGAAAUUUUGAGCAUUAUUGAUUCUGCAUUAUUCGUUUUAUGUCUUGAUGACUUAAGAUUAGAAAACUUGUCAGACUUGGCUAAGAACAUGUUGUGUGGAUUGUCAAUAUUAGAUAAGGGAGUCCAGGUUGGUACCUGUACCAACAGAUGGUAUGAUAAAUUACAAAUAAUCGUCACCCAAAAUGGUAAAGCGGGUAUUAACUUCGAACACACAGGUGUUGAUGGUCACACAGUUUUAAGGUUUGUAAGUGACAUCUAUACAGACUCUAUCUUAUCGUUUGCACAGUCCAUCAAUGGCCACGCCCCUUCAUUGUGGAGUGAUGAUUCGUCGUCAAAGAAUGAUUUUGAUCAAGAGUUAGUUACAAUUCCGAGAAAAUUGGAAUGGGAGCUAACUCCGGAUUUAUCUUUGGCAUUAAGAUUCGGGGAAACUAGAUUAUCGGAUUUGAUUAAUCAAAAUGAGUUCAAACAUUUGGAAUUCAAGAAUUACGGUUCCUCAACUAUUAAAAAAAUGAAAUACAGUCCUGAUGCUUUUGUUCAAAUGGCAUUUCAAGUCACUUAUUACGCUUUAUAUGGUAAGGUUGAAUGCACUUAUGAGCCAGCUAUGACAAAGAAUUUUUUUCACGGCAGAACUGAAGCUGUUAGAACCGUAUCUCAAGAGUCAAACUUGUUUGUUCGUAAGUUUUUUGAUCUGACCGUAUCAAAUAAAGACAAGCUUUCAUACUUAACGAGUGCAUGUACAAAGCACGCUCAACAGACCAAGCAAAGUUCUAUGGGUAAAGGAAUUGACAGGCACUUAUAUGCACUUUUCUGCAUUUGGAAAAGAUACGUUGAUUCUAGUGACUACAAAGCGAUAGACUUAGAGCAUGACACUCUUGAUAAUCAAAGAUCUUCCAUACUGACACUUGUUGACGAUGACAAUGAAACCCAUUCUUCGGACACUACAAUUGGUAAUAAUUAUAACAACUGUAAGAACGAUUUAACUGAAUUACCAUCUAUAUUUGCUGACUCGGGUUGGGAUAAGUUGAAUAAUACAGUUUUAUCUACUUCAAACUGUGGUAACCCAGCAUUGAGGUUAUUUGGUUUCGGUCCAGUAUCGGCUAACGGGUUUGGAUUGGCAUAUAUUAUUAAAGACGAUUCUAUUUCGAUAUGUGCUGCAUCAAAACAUAGACAAACUGAAAGAUUUUUGGUUACCUUAGAGCUGUACUUGAACGAGAUUUAUAGCAUUUUUCAAGAGUCUAGUAAGGAACAAAUUGAAUCACCAAUCGAUACCAAGAUUAAAACGACUACACAAUUACUGGCUCCUAGACCAUCAUUGGUUCAAAAGAAGUCAACAGUAUCUAAUUUAUUAGGUGGUUAUGGUUACUUCGACAUGGGUGAUAAUGAUAUGAAAUCGAGAGGUCCUAGUCCUGAACCUCCUUUCCUUAACAGAAAUAACAGUGGUUUCUCGGUUAGGGAAAUUGGCAAGAAAUUAAGAUUAUCUGAAUAUUAG